GUAUCAUUUACUGAAUGAGAAAGGGGACUAUUACAUCAUAUCCAACUCCACCUCCACAGGGGCAUAGCAUACCCACUGUCUGUGUUCUACCGACUUGUCCUGUACAGAAAGAAUGCAAUAAUUCAACAUUUAUAUUUCAUAAUUUGUGGCCUGGCUCUUCUUAUCUUCAACUAUGGCUGGGGUGCCAAACAUUCUGUUAUCAACAUUUCCAUGGUUUAUCUUGUCCUUUUGGUUGGAGGGAGUCAAGCAGCUACAGUGCUCGCUGUAUUUGUACUCAACUUUACAUACCUGAUAACAGGGUAUAUAGUUAAUGCUACUGGUGGCUAUGAUGUCAACUGGACUACACCACAUUGUGUAUUGUGCUUGAGACUCAUUAGUUUGGCUUGGGAUUACUAUGAUGGAGGGCAGGACCAGGAAACCUUGUCUGAAGACUACAAGAAGACAGCCCUGAACARACUUCCUUCCCUUCUUGAGGUAUUUGGUUCCAGCUAUUUCAUGGGUGGAGUCUUGGUUGGCCCUUUGUAUUGCAGCUGGUUUCAAACGUCUAUCUGCUGGGGUACUGUACCUUGGUCUUUAUGCAACCCUUGGUUCAUUUUUUUCAGAUGAAUAUCUGCUGUCUCAAGAUUUUAAGGACGUUCAUGGGCAAAAGUUCCUAUCGUCAGAUUUUUCAGUACAUCAUACUAGAAGUAAAAUAAGCAAAUACAAAAUGGGGGUCCCCAACUUCGUUUAGCCGUCAGAAUACGUGGAAGUCACCCUUUUUACGAAUCUAUCUUAUCUGGCCAAGAUUUGGUAUAUUG